UAUUUGCAAUGGACGGCCCACAAUCUCCAUCUGCCACCUACUCAACAUCAAAUCAUAAAUCUAACGGUGGACAGUGAUUUUAAAUAAUACACGCGUCAAUUUUGUCAGUGUCCAGUCAACCUUCCCUCGAAGUAAUACAUUUCAGUUGCGCUCUCUCUCGUUUUCUGUCUGUAAAGCAAAGCCUCGUUUUUAUUUUCUUAGUUUCUGAACUCCUUUAAUACUUUUUCUUUGCCCUCUUUUCUUUUCGCUCUUUGCCUCUUGGUUCAGGGUUCAUUCAUUUCUUUUCUUCAUUGCCUAAGUGAUUCUCGUUCGCUUUAUUCUGUUUAGAUACUGUAAUGCUCAGGUGUGAAGGGACAUUGUAUUCUUCGGUCGCUGAGAGUUGUUCUACUGGUUUUUUUUAGGGUUCUUUCGCGGUGAUUUUGAUGAUUAUGAUAGAGAAAGGUUAGGGUUAAUAGACUAUUUAGAGAUGGAUAACAACUCCUGGCGGAUCAAAUUUGAUUCUACACUGCCGUCAUCGAUGACUUCAAUGGCUUCAUCAUCGGCAUCGCCGGAGCGUCGAAAUCAGAUGGAGAUGAAUUCUGGCCAGUAUUUUCACCAAUAUGCUACUCAAGAUUCAAGUUCAGCAUUGCAUGAAAGAAGGCAUGAUUCCUUGCCUCCCAACUAUUCAAACUUAAAUUCCCAUAAGUCAAAUCAUUCUGAGAUGGAAAAUUCAUUUCUAGCUCUUCUAUCUGGGCUGCCAUCACUUUUACAGUGUGAUUUUCGGGAAUUAUCAAGCCAAAAAGUAUCAAAUGCUGCUAGAAGUGUCAAUAUCAAUGAUUUUGAAAGUGAAAUUCCACGAACCUCUGGUGCAUUGCUAUCUGAAAAUCUGAGCAAUAAAAACACACAAAAUGAGGCAAAUUGUUCUUUUGUUCCAUAUAGAUUGGUAUCAAGUUCCAGCAGUAGCAGUGUUUCAGUUUUGCAUGGUAGCCUUCAUGCAUCUAACAUAAAUCUUCAGACUUUGGGUCUGGCCAAAGUUGUCAAUCAUCACAUGCUUCCCAGUAUUGAGAAAGUCAAGGACUUUGCCACCCUGAAAGGGGAUUGUUGUGGUACCAGUUCUGGAAAGGCUGGGAUUCCCUAUAGGAAAGAUAUCCAGUUGUCACUGAAGAUACCUGAGGAAUCAAACUCUUCUAUAUCUAAUCAGUCAUUACCUAUUUUAAGUAGGUGCCCUCACAUGUUCUGUUUGGGUACAGGCAGGUAUGUGCUUCUCAGCAAUACAGGACUUCUUGCCAUCUUACCUAUAAUACAUGUUUGCAUUACCCAUUUGGAGUGGAUUCAUGCUUACAAGUUGCUCCAACUGCUGUCAUGUAACAGCAUUCAAAAGUUGCUCCAACCUUUGGGAUUGAAAGUUGUAUUUCUUAUUGGCAUGUGUUUGAAGCAGCAAGAACACUGGAUGGUGAUGUUUUUAUGAUGGUUUAGAUUAGGGUUCCAGAAGAUCAGAGUGGAUGGGACUGGCCUGAAGGAUUGUUGCCAGCUACUGGUUUGGUGAAAUCUAUUGCAACCGUGCCCAAAAUAUCUAAUACUUCUUGCUUGGUUAACCCAAUUGGUUCAUCUUGAGGUUUGUCAAGGUGCAUGGACGAUACCAUGUUUCCAAGUAAUCCUCACAGAGGCCAGAAUUCUUCUGUUGGUCUCCUACGUAACAAACAAGAGCGAGAAAAUGAGGGUAGUAGUAACUUUCUUCUCAAGCAUUUGAUUGGUGCUUCCCAAAGGCAUUUGCAUGAAGUGGCUGAUGGCCAGAGAAUGGAGUGUGCUGUUUCUAAGAGUUCAAUAAUGUCAAAAUUUGUUGGUAGGGAUUCAGAUAAUGGGUGUCAGUCCAUGUCUGCUUGGAUUGAUUGUAUAUUGAAGACUGAAACUCAUCUCUUAUCCACUAUAGUAGGGAUUUAAAUAGUGGUCGCGAUCACGUUUUCAGUCGCGUCGCGUUUAUUACGGUUUCAGAUAUAACGGAGAUCAUUGCGGU